AUGAUUGAAAAAGACUGUGCAAUGAUCGAGACGACUGAGGGACACCAAAGUGUAGUGGAGGCCUUUGGCCUCUUGCCUACUAGGUGGUGGAAUAAGAGGCAACUCAAUGCAAGAAACACCUGGAACAUCCCAGAUUAUCUCACGUGCUUGUGGGACGAUCUUGAGCUAGUCACCGCUCAGGAGGGUAGUACACAUCCGUUGUUCCCAAUGAGAAUAGAAUCACUUCUCCUCGCGCUUCUCGCAGACAGUAUCAAAAAAGAGUCACUUGAUCCCCAUGGGCCCCUGAAAUCGCCCCACUGGAGCUUUCGGAAGCGGAUACUCAUGCUAGAAAGGGAAGACGACAAGAGUCCAGCUCCAGAGGAUAUCAUUGACUACAUUUUGUGGUAUGGCCACUGCUGGGAGCUGGAAACAAAUAUGAUUGUUAUGAAGUCUAACAGUCCGGUGUCUCAGAGCUGGGCUCUGCUUCAAAAUAUGUCGAGUAUUCACCAUGCUCGUAAGCUCGCAGAAAGGGACGCAGUUAUCUACGGUGUUAUAACUGACGGGUCAAAAUGGGUAUUCAUACAUCUGACCAAUAAAAGUCGGUACACAAUUAAGGUAUUCUCCUGGGACAACGAGCGACACCGGAUCAUUGGCCAGGUCCAGAAUAUAAUCGACCAGGCAGUUGCUCUUCACAGAAAGAUACUGUCACGCGCGUCUUGGCCUACACCUACUGUCUAUCAAUUGAGUGGCUGUCAAAUUAGAGAGCUGCCUGCUCCCUGCGGUAGCUCUGACGAUGAGAGUUACCGUGUAACUGAGAGGAAUCUCUAUCAUACGGCUACAAUUGAGGAGAAAGACUAUAAUACGGAUAUAGGACCCUUGGCUUGGUAA